CGUCGCAGGUCGAGACAGCCGGAAAGACCGUCAGUGCCGAAAGCGGCUUAGCGGUGACCGCACCAGCACCGCACCGGCACCGCCGAGUUCCUAGUCGACAUCACAGCUUCUCCAACUGAAUCUCAGCCCUGGGUCAAUUUCAACUCACUCCCUUCAUCUGUCUGCGUCUUGCUUGUUUUAAAAUUAGCUUCCACACAAUACAAGAGUAUAUCUACCUUCCGCCUAUCUUUAUACAGCUUGACCGGCCCGCUCCACCCUCCCUUCUGCCUUCCGUAUUGUCAGCCUUCGAACGCUAUCGCCCCCUCUUCAGCCAACAAGAUGAAGCCCGUCGUAUCUUUGAUGAACGCUUGGUCCUGCGUGGUCAUAUCUCUCUUCGCCAUCGUCAUUCUCUCAGUCCUCGGAUCGCUAUUCCAAAGAGAACACCACAGCUUCACCGGCGGUGAAGAAGAACCCGAGAAUGGCGCCGCAGUCGCUGCCUCCAUCUACACCGCUGUCCUUGUAUACGUCGCAUUCUUCGUAUUCUGCGCCUUCCAGGCCUACCUGCACACGAGAAGCCGCAGGGGCGGCGCCAUCUCUUUGAGCUAAAUCCACUACACCCGGCCGGUGGUUCCAAGGAAAAAAAACCCCCU